AUGGCUUCUUCAGGAUUUUCUGCAGUAGCACCACUAGUUUUUAAUGGUGAAGGGUUCCACAUAUGGGUAGUCAAGAUGAGGAGUUACCUUCAGGCCUUCGAUCUGUGGGAAGCAGUGAACACUGAUGCUGAGCCAGCUCCACUUAGAGCCAAUCCCAUAAUGGCUCAAAUCAGGCAACAUGCAGAUGAGAGGACCAAGAGGCAUAAGGCCAUGUCCUGUAUUCAGAACUGUGUGUCUGAUGCCUGGGACAAGCUUAAGGAGGAGUUCCAAGGCACAGAAAGGACAAGGCAACAACAGUUGUUGAACUUGAGGAGAGAUUUUGAAAUUUUAAAGAUGAAGGAGGAAGAGACAGUAAAGCAGUACUCAGAUAGAAUCAUGGCUGUUGUGAACAGCAUAAGGUUGCUAGGAGAACAGUUCAGUGAGGCAAGGAUUGUGGAGAAAGUGCUCUUAACAUUACCUAAAAGAUAUGAGAGCAAAGGAGAGCCAGUAGGAUGGAGGAGCACUAGGAGGGUGCUUUCCAAGCCAAGAUCAAAGCAGCCUCGAGCACCUCAGCCUAUAAAGGCAAGAAGAACUAGAGAAGCAGGCCUAAGCCUGAUACUGCAAGAAGAGGAGACCAAAUCUGUAGAUAUUGUAAAAGGCCUGAAGAAAGGGCAUGUUGAAAGGGUCUGCAAAGAAAAAGGUAGACCUGGACAGAAUCAAGCACAACAUAAGAAUGAGAAAGCUCGAGUGGCUGAAGACAGUAGUGACCAUGAAGAGCAGGUCUUUGCUGUGUCAUGUUUGGCUGGUCAAAGCAAGGGCCCAAAAGAAUGGUUUUUGGACAAUCGCUGCACAAACCACAUGUCACCAGAUGCAAUUAUUUUCAAAAUCUUGGAUACAAGCUGUAAAACCAAGGUGAAAAUAGGUAAUGAACAGUUCAUAAAGGUUGAAGGAAAGUGA